CAACCCUAACAAGUAACAAGGUAGAAGAUUGUCAUUUGUCACUGACAGAAGACGGUAAUUGGAAUUUGAAAACAGAAUAUGAGUAAGCUAAAUGCAAUCUAAAUUUUCAUUUAUAUCAGAGAUAAUAUAUAUAAACAAUAUACCUGGGUAAUUUACUACUUACCAGGCACCCUUGAACAGAGGGACAAGUAGGUUGAUAAUUACUAUCCAAAGGAAAAAGAAAAUAAUGCCUAUUGUUUCUUAAUGCCUAAUUAUAUAAAAUAACUCAAGGUUUGAUCACAUUAUGCCACAAGUUUUCCAAGUGUUACGAUGUUACAAAUGCUUUGCAUUUCAAGUGCAUCAAGUAAAGAAAUCAAACAAAUGGGAAUGCAAACUAUGUGGUGAGAAACAAUCAAUUAAAAGGCAAUAUGGAACAGGGUCAGGGAAAGAUUGUAGAGUACAUGUACAAAAACUUAAUGAACUGAGGGGAGAAACAGCCAUGCUAAACUUAAGCCAUGUAGACAGUAGUGAUAGUAUAGAGAAUACUGAAAAUAUAAUGAACAACAUUGAACAAGAAACCACAAGUAAGAGUAAAUGGUCUAACUAUAUAGAAGAUACUAUUGCAACCAAUACAUCUCCAGUUGAUGAAGUAAAGGAAACAUUAUUUGGAAAGGAAGUUGUGUUGGAAAUAUUCAAAAAACGCAAAAAGGAGUUUAGAAAAAAUAUGAGAAAAAAAUUCAUAGCAUAUAAGAAGAAUUCAUAUCAACAAGCUUCUGAUGAAGAUGAUGUCAGUAAUCCUGUAGAAGUAACAGGCUUUCAUGACACAACUCCACCGCAGAGAAAAACAAUUAAGAAAUUUGUGCCACCCACUACUCAAUUAAAAUUAAGAUGGACAGAGUAUAAUGAGCCAGACUAUUCUAAAAACCAUACAGAUAAAAUUUCUAAUUCAGAAUUGUCCAUUAUAAAUAAUAAAAAUGAACCAAUUAGAGGUAACUUGUGUACCAAUAAUUAUAAUAAAACAUACAACCAUAUUGAAACAGAUAGAAUAACUUUGAGUGUAAGUAACCAGAAAGUCAUCAAAAAGGACGAAAAUAUGAAUAUGAAUUUUCAUACCAAAUCAGUUGCUGAGACACACAAGCAGACCUCAAAAUGGACUGAAUUUAUAGAUAAUACUGAAUUUUCUCAAGAUUUCUCAGAAAAUGCUUCUCAAGAUUUUGAAUAUUUUUCACAGAAAGAUACUGCCACUGUAAAACAGACCAACUUGUUCUCAUUGUGUGAUGACAAUGAUCUUGAUAGUGUUUUAGAUAUUUAGUACCACUACCUAAGUAUUUGUUUGUAAAUAAAGUGAAUAAUUCAACCCCA